AUGACCACCAUACCUUCGGCUGACCUGGACGCAAUGGAGCUUGAGGCCGUCUCGUACUUCUCACUUCACCAAUAUCAUGAAGCAGAACAAGUCUAUCGCCGCAUCUGGCAAGCCCGCAUUGCGGCUGAUGGGCUUGAUGCCGCCUGCCGCGAGCAGUACAACUUGGCUGCUGUUCUGGUCAAAGAGGAGAAGUUUGAUGAGGCCCAGCCUCUAUUGAGAGAAGUUUUGGGCUCCCUUGAAGCACGCAGCAAUCGGAGCCGAAAACAAUUCAUGCAGCAAGAAGCUGGUACCAUGAGGUUGCUUGUUGAGACGCUUGGCGAAGGGCAGGCUGAGGAGGCUACAAGACUCAAUAUCCGCUGCGAAGUAGACGAGGGUCAUUCAAUCGACUCGAUCGUACGUCAUGCUGACAAUACAUACUCAACGGUGAUACAGAAGAGGACAAAUAACAUCGAAGAUGGCGCGGCUGCAUACCGGGCUCGACGAGGAAGACACCCACCCCCUUGGUUCGAUCGCUGGUACAAGAAAGCUCAAUCGCUAGACGCCAUCAUCAUCGAAGAAUUCUUCGAUCAAAUCUACCGCGACUUGGAGCCUUUUUGGGCGAUAGAUCCCACAUCAAUUCGAGCUUCACUUGAAGGGUGGCAGUCUGUUGCCAAAGUCAGGGGUGGACGAGUGAUGGAGGUGCCGCAGGACAGAUUCAGGACUAGAGUCUGGGGCGACAUGCUGAGGAAGAUAUCCUCUGAGCUGCCUGAUAUGGACCUGGCCCUUAAUGGCCUGGAUGAGCCGAGAGUCCUGGUCCCGUGGGAGUCGAUUGAUCAGAGGAUGGCGGCCGCAAAUACGCAGAGGCAGGAGAUGACGUCUGCUUCUACGGCGAGCUUUGUGCAGGACUACCCGGAGAUGAAACAUUCGAAAGCAAAUUCAAGAAACAAGCCCAAGUGGACCACGCAGAUCAAUCAGUUCAGGCAAGGCCUACGCAACAGCUGCGCACCAGACUCACCAUUGAGGAAGGAGGCAGAUUCUACACCGCACAGUCUGGAAAAUGCUUUCACUCAAAACGUGACCGCCUCCAAGGACAUCUGCCAGAACCCAAAUCUGAUUGCACAGCAUGGAUUCCUGAUUGAGCCUGCCAGCGUCGACUUCACCACAUCACUGGUACCCGUGUUCAGCGCGGCGAAGCUCGGCAUCAACAACGACAUUCUCCUCCCUGAGCCAGCCUACUACAGUGACAACAAGCUGUUCAGCGGCAAAGAUUGGCGUGGCGACUGGAGCUCAUACUUUCCCUGGAACAGUAAGGUCCAUGGACUCGUUUGGCGAGGUGCUGCGACUGGAGGCCAUGCAAGGGUGGACACUUGGAAGCAGUUCCAUCGACACCGCUUCGUUUCACAUCUCAACGCCAGCAACGCAGAUAUGGAAUCUGAGGGUAGAAAGCUAACAAGUGACAGUGCCAGGGCGAAGACUCAAGAACCGCUGGCAGAUUGGCUGUCUCGCACGGCUGAUGUUGGCCUCAGCAAGAUUCUGUGCAACGGACCACAGGGCAAGAAAGUUUGCUCCAUUCUCCAUCAGAACUAUCAUGCUGCCUCUUCGAUCAAAAUGGGCCAACAGUUCAAGUGGAAGUACCUCGCAGACAUUGAUGGCAAUACACUUUCUGGCCGGUUCCGUGCGUUUAUGAAGAGCAACAGCGCUGUCAUGAAAGCGACCAUCUUCACGGAGUGGCAUGACUCCCGCCUAUUUGCCUGGAAGCACUACAUACCUCUUGACAUUUCUUUCGACGGGCUCUACGAUGUCAUGGCCUACUUUCUUGGGACUGGAUCAACUUGUGGCCACGACGUUGCUGGUGAGAAGAUCGCGAAUGAUGGACAGAAGUGGGCCAAUGCAGUGUUGAGAAAGGAAGACAUGUUGGUGUACAUGCAUCGCGCUUUACUGGAAUACGCUCGGAUAGUACACGAUGAGAGAGAUCAUCUUGCGUACGUCGAGGAUCUGCUGAAGUCUGAGAAGACAUGA